AUGGCUAAAGUUACCAGGAAGCCAGAGAAAGCUAGCACAGUUAUGGAACAACCAACCCUAAGCACAAAACAAUUAACUCAAAGCACAAAAAGAAAGAAGAGGAAGAGCCAGCGUCGACCCAGAUCCAUAGGUAGUGGCAAGGUGAAGAAGAUGCAGAGGGGAAUAAAAAGACUGCUUCAUACAAGUUCAAGAAAAAAAUCCUCUCGUUCUAGUACAAAAAGUCCAAGAAAGGUGAAGAGAGUGAAAAAGGCCAAGAAAUUUCGGCCUUUAGCAAAUAUUGAAUAG